AUGUUCACAGUAUGCGCACUAGUGCUUACAUUUUCCUUGUUUAUUUCUUGUGAGGCUGGCUUCGUGGACACCAUCUCAAAAUGCAGCAUAGAAAAUGAAGAAUGUUUAAAAGAACUAUUUCAAAAUAUAGUAAAAAUUUUAAGUACUGGGGAUGCAGAAUAUGAAAUCCCUGCACUAAACACUUUGAAUGUAAAUAAUUUAUCGGUAAAUAUCAUGGAAGGUGUCUCUAUCACUGUUACUGACGCAUUAGCGAAGGGCAUGGCAAACUGCGUAUUUAAUUCCUUCAAUGCCGAUUGGGAAAAAGAAAGAGCUUUUUUGAAUGUCACGUGUGAUGCUUUAUCUUUCAAAGGACAAUUCGUAAUCUCUGGUGAAAAUCCAGAUAUACAACGUAUUAUUGGUAGCAAUAAUUUAAACGGUGAAGGUAGAGCCAAAGUAAAACUAGAUAACACGAAUUUUAACAUCGAAUACCCAAUGUAUAUGACAAAGAAAGAUGGCGAGAUUUACAUCAUGAUUUCUAACAAAAAUAUGAAAUACACACAUGACAUUGGAAAAGCGCAUUUUAAAAUUGAAAAUGUCAUCAUUGGUAACAGUGACUUAAGCCAAAUCAUAUCAACCUACAUGAAUGAAAACUCGAAGGGAAUUAUGGAGCAAUUCGGACCUGCAAUAAUACACAAACUACUGGAGUUGUACAUAGAUCGUAUAGGGAAUAUCUAUGAAAAAAUUCCAGCCAACAAAUAUAUUAUUGAAGAUCUUCAUUCUUACCUCAAAAAU